AUGCGGAGAGUGAGGAGUCUGCGAAGUGAAGAGAAAAGAAAGAACAACAGGAGAUGGCGGAGGAGGAGGAGGAGGAGGAUGAGGCAGGUCCACCUUGUCUCGACCCUCUGUGUCGCGGCGACUACAGCUUCGAUACCGACCAAUACCGAUCUCCAAUCGCACAUUCCUAUAUCUGCUCCUCGAUAUACAUGCAAUCAUGACUACUUGCAUUCAUCCCAGUUGUGCAUAUGCGCGCCCCAUCCCCCUUCAUCUAUGAACCCUGGUGGUAGUGGUGGGUUGUCGUUGUCGUCGAACGCCGGAAACCACCACAACGUCCAGCAUGUGAUACCGCCAGCGCAAUCCCGCCCAGUCCAAGGGUUCGGCGUGGUCGAACCGUCGAAGGGACAGCCCCUACCUCACCUAGACCGAGCCUCCAUCUCGCGACGCCGCGCGACGCCGUGCGACCCCAUCUUCGAGACGACCCCAGUCCCGCCCAGCCGAAGGUCAAGGUGCAGCAUCCCGUUCGUCCCCCGCCCCGUAUCGCCCCCCUUCUUCUUCUUCUUUUUCUUCUUCAUCAAGUCAGGGCUUGGUACAGCUACAUCCACACGAAACGCGUCUUCAUCAUCUGUCCUUCUUUUCGCCUGGUUUUCAGGCGUCGCAGCGGCUGCACCAUGA